AUAACCUGCCAUUCUCUUUACCAAAAUUACUUGAAAUGAAGCCCUAGAUUGAAGGAGCUGGUGGUGUCAAGUGUCAAAUUCUCUAUAAACUUUUUACUAGUAUGCAACUAAUAACAUGUGCGACAAUGCUAGCUCCCUUAUUUAACUUGCCUCUGAAGGUAAGAGUGCAUAUCGAUAUAUAAAUAAAUACUGUAAUAUAAAACCCAUGCAACACUGAACGAGAGAACAUUACCUACGAAUCUACGAUGCAACAGUAACUUUUUCGAUGUCAAUUAUAACGCGAAAAUUUAAUUAUUUGUGCACUGUACAGAGCAAUGUUACGGGGUCAACUACAAUUAGAAUGAGUCAUCCUUCAGUCUCAUUCCGAUUGGCACUAUUCCUCUCAUUUUCUCUUACGGCAUCAUCGUCCUUGCCUCCCUUACCGGUUUUUUCGAAGCGUUACGCUCCAUCAUCUUCACUUAUCCCCAAAGCCACUCCCUCUGACUUAUUGUCUCUGUUGGGUUCCAAACCUCAGUCCUCAGCCGUGAAUCCCGAGGUAGCGCGCGACCUCAAGUCAUGCUUCAAAUUCCUCGUCCCUUUCUCUCCCGUGCAUCCUCGUCACCGGAAGUUGGGCUUGGGCCGGCCCAAACUCACAGGCCCAACUCGGAGAGACAAGAACAAGCUUAUUUGGUGGCCGCCGGAGCCCGUUUUGGAGCUAGCCCGUCUCGCCGUCGAUUCUGGCGGCGACCCCGCCGCUAUUCAUCGCCUUCUUGACCCAACCAUUAUCCAGGUACCUGAUUGUGAAGGAUCAAAGGAUGAGCGCUGUGAGCUCACUAGAACUCCCUAUGGCAGACGCUUCAUUUGUGAGGAACUGAACCUGUAUCUGCAGUUCUUGUUUGAACUCAUUGUUGAUCGAGGUCCAUCUGUUGGGUUGGAUGUUACCUUGAACCGGUUUGAUCUGUUCCACGGUCACCUUUUUCUAGCGCUAGACUCUGGAAGACUUGGUAUCUUAUUCCAUGCGAAGGAAUACCCAGCAUAUGAUAAACAAGUGUUCCCAUACAAUAUGGGUUUUUGUCAGAGAGGGUCCAAUGUGACAUAUGAUGAUUCAAUGAAUCUGAGAAAUAUUCUCUGGCUGGCUCCAAUGCCUGGCGAUUCUGGUGAAUCUUGGGUGGCACCAGGUGUUCUGGUAGUGCUGGAUGCUCGUCCUGAUGGGAUCAUAUAUAGAGACCUAAUACCUGAUUAUGUAAAUUUUGCAAGGACUAUAUAUGAAGAUGAUCUUGGGGAUGUUGCUGUUGAUGUGAACUACUUGAAUGUUGGAUCUGAAACCAGAAAUUAUCAAAUAUUCAUAUGCUGAUGUUGUGCUGAAGAUAACUAUGACGUACUUUCACUUCCCAACGAUACACCAGCUUAUAUAAAUGAAGAUUGCCGAAGCUUAAACGAAUAAUGUAUAUGCCAAUUUCAUUUGUAGUGAAGAUUGCAUAGCAUAUUUCUUCCAGUAUGAUAGAUUACUCGAUAGCUAUAUGUCAGGUACUGUAUAUGCUCGUGCAAUUAUUGGCUAACUUUAUGCAAUUCCAUGCCAUUAUAACACAAAUUUCCUAACA